GCACUUCAAUCAAAAACAGUCGGCAUGAGGAUUGCAGUAUAUUUUGUGUUAUUCUGUACUGGAUAUGCCGCGGGUGAAUCAUGUUUGAGUCUGCCCGAGUGCACGAAUACUUUGUGCAAAAAUGGUUUUGAAAUGCAUUGUGUAGAUGCCAUCUGUACGUGUUUGUCGCCAUCUACAGGAUUUUCAUGCACUACGAAAUACGAAUGUUUCGGGAACCCGUUACACGUAUCUUGUAACAAAGACGGCACAAACUGGCACUGUGUUGACUCAAGAUGUCGCUGUUAUUGACGAGAAACAGCGAUGAAUGUUAUACAAGUGUCUAAACUACAGCUGAAUAUCUGCAUUAUAAUAUACUAAUUAUUUUAUCUA